UGGAGAAGUAUACUUUACACUUACAGAGGGUGGUAGUGAAGCUACUCUCUAAAUACAGAAAGGUAAGUUGACAUGUUGGAGAAGUAUACUUUACACUUACAGAGGGUGGUAGUGAAGCUACUCUCUAAAUACAGAAAGGGGGUAAUGGAUGAACAAGUCCACCUUAAGCGUCUGGCUGACAUUGCUAUUGAUCUGUUUGGCAUGACUGCAUGUAUCGCCCGCACCUCCAGGUCAUACAGUAUCGGACUGAAAAACGCAGACCACGAGGUAAUGUUGACUAAAGCAUUUUGCCAUGAAGCCAAGGAAAGGAUUGAGAAAAAUCUGAAAGACUUGAAAUUAGAAACAUGUGACAACAAUGAUGAUACCCUAGAAAAUAUAGCAGAUACCGUCUUCAAGAACCAUGGUUACGCCGCAGCUCAUCCACUGGAGAGAAAUUGGUGAGGACUAUCUACGCUGGGUGUAGAAAUCUAGCUACUUACAGAGGUGGUGAAUGACAAAUAGACUCAAUGAUACCAAAACUGUUUGUGAACUGGUAGAGGCUAAACAGGAUUUGUGAAGGUUUCUGCACUAGUUAGGCAGAACAAAGGACACUGCAACAAUUAGGAUGAACAAAGAAAACUGCAACAGUUAGGCAGAACAAUAUUGUACAUUGUGUUUGUGAGGACAUUACAACAGUUAGGCUGAACAAGAUUACAUCAUAUUGUGAGGACACUACAUCAGUUAGGCUGAACAAGAUUACAUCAUGUUGUGUAGACAGUACAACAGUUAGGCUGAACAAGAUUACAUCAUAUUGUGAGGACAGUACAUCAGUUAGGCUGAACAAGAUUACAUCAUGUUGUGAGGACACUACAUCAGUUAGGCUGUAGCAGAACAGUAUUAACUAAACUGUUUGUUGUCCCUAUUGAAGUGGCAAGGCAUGAUAAUGGUUUCUUCAACAUUUUUAUACUGAAUCCUUUAAAUUAUGUUCACUGCUUAAUCAUCACAGCAAUACAUUGUAAAGUGAUAUUGAUUAGGUAAUAUAUAUGCAUCAGCGACCGAUACCUUGAACUCAGCAUUAACUACUCAAAAUCAUACAGCUAUGUAGAUCAGUCGUCCUGUUCCCAAACAUAGGGAGUAUUGUACUCAAUUGUUUUUGCAACGCUGGGCAUUAAUGCCAUUUUUCAAUCUGAUCAGAAGCAUAUUGCUUUUAAUUAAAACUAAACAUGAUAAAUUACUGCAGUUAUUUGAUCUGUAUUAAAACUUCGAUUUUGUGUGUAACUAGUCUUUCAAUUAUUGAAAAGAUUGCUAUAAAAUUUUGGUCUCUGUUAUCAGAAGCAAAUUAUUACAGGACAAAUCUAAAUAUACUACAAUUUUCCUGUCAAUGACACUGGCUAAGCAGUUGUAACUCAGUCAAGAUUAUUGUCAUUAGAACAAUUUUUUUUUUCAUAUGUUGCCACUUGUGAUUUACCAUAAAGAUUUGAUUGUGGGAUCUGAUUUGAUAUACCUCACAGAGGUGGUGGUUAUAACCGACGUUACAGUGAAUGGACAGAUGUGUUUGUGAUAUAUUUUUGUUUUCAGUAAAAUCAUUUAUAUAAAAA